GGUUGGAAGGAAUGAGGAAGACACAAAAACGGAAGUGGCUUUUAGAUGUUGAAAUGUUUAUAAUAUUAAAUUGAUGCUUAUAGAACAGCUUUUUCACUGUGACAUCUUUGUAUUCAUUCCAGCUGAAUGAUGGAACCGACAUACAAAACAUUACCUGGCCGAAGGAAAACGUUAUUUUUCUUGGACCAGCCAGGGGUUCUGAAGCAAACGACACGACCUUGUCACAAUAAAAGCAAGAUUCCUCUCUUUUGACAGCACUACUCAAUAAUAUUUGAAUUGAGCUAAUUAAAAUUAAGCAUAUAUUUAGUGCUUCCGUUUAAAAAUAAAUAAGUGGAAUUUGCAAUAGAAAACACACAAAGACGCUACCAACGUCACUUUCGGGUAUUGUUUACAAGCUCCGCCUGCAGCGUGGCUGUGAUGGUUAAAGGCAGUAUGACAUGUGUGGCUGGUAAAGCCCAGUACUGCGGCACAUCGCGGAAACAGCACUGCAAAAACCGAGAGGAGAACUGCAAACGGGCGAUUAUAUGGAGAGCUACAGGAUAAGUCGCCUUCUUGAGCUCGACAGAAUGAAACCUUGAGUCUUGUGCUGUAGUGUGUAUUUUUUUUUCUUAACGUGCUUUCGGAAACUAUGCAGAUCUGGAUAAGGAGAGCUCUGAAUUAAACAUGAUGAAGACUGAAGCAUCCUCGGCAGCCAGCUUGCGGAGUCCCUCUCCCCAUCGCAAUGCCUACGAGGCGGAGAUCCAGGCUCUGCAAAACCCCAGUCAGACGAGUAACGGGGAAGAAAAGCCGGACGAGGAUGCCGAGGGCAAGAAGCAGAGCCGGGGCAAGAAAUACGGCUCUAACGUGCACAGGAUUAAGAACAUGUUCCUGCAGAAGAUGGGUACCACCCCUAACGAGGCGACUGGCAUCCCAGCCAAAGGCAAGGAGCGGUCUGUGCGCCUGUCUCUGCCCAGAGCCAGCAGCCUCAAUGAAAACGUGGACCACAGUGCCCUGUUGAAACUUGGCACCAGUGUCUCAGAGAGAGUGAGCCGUUUUGACACCAAGAGCGAGAGACCUUUCUCCAAGCUUCAGGAGACCAGAAAGAUGUUUGAGAAGAACAUCCAAGAGAAGAACCUUUCCAACAGAAUCUUGCUGAAGAAGGAGAGGGCUGGUCUCAAGGACAGCAAACUGGAUGUGGUGGUUCGAUUCAAUGGAAGUACCGAGUCCCUAGACAGCUUGGAGACUGAAGCUAUCUCGCCCACAGUGAGCCAGCUCAGUGCAGUUUUUGAAAGUGGUGCACAUCAGAAAAAGGCUGGUGUCCUGGACAAGGUGAUCAGGCAUGGCACCUCCUCACUCAACACAAAACCAUUCCCGAAAAAGUCAAAAGUGGUUCUUAAAAGCCAACAGGAUACACUUAAAACAGACAGUGGGACUAACAGCGAUGGUGACUUCUCCCUUGAUCUUGCAGGCCCUAGCCAACUCAGAAAAGAAAGUGAGGACCUACAGACGGAUAAGUUAUUGAUUGGAUCUCCAUCCAGCAGUAAUCUAGCCAAGAAGCUGGCAUCACUGGUGAAACAAGGGGACAGUCUGAAAGAAACAAGGCCUAUGGCGUCCACACAAAUGUCACAAAAAAAUGAAGAGGUGAGGAAAAUUAGACUAAUGGAUGUGAAAGACACUGCAGAGUUGGAGAAGGAAUUUAAAUCUACAGACGAUGGAAACGAUUCAGAACUUGAAAGUGGCAGAGGCUUACAGCCAGCAGGAGCUGUUCCAGAGACUUGUGAGCCUCAGAUGGUUGACACCACAGCACCAGGCCUGGAUGUUAAUUCAGAAAAUAGAGAUCUUCCUAAGGAAUGCUUGGAUAAUUUGCAGCCUCCAUCACUGGAAUCUGCAGAGGGGAUUACACAUCAGGCGGAGGAGUCUUUGUCAUCGAAAGCUGGUUCCUUUGAAGAUGGAGAACAAGCUAAAAAUGACAUUGAUCGAGAUGACCAUUGCAAAAAAGGUGAAGACUUCUCUGAGGCAGAUAUGGUGGAUAUUAGCGCCUUCAGUGGGGUAGGUGAUGAAUCAGAAGGAAGUUGUCUGGAUGACGAUGAGGAUGAUGCAUUUGAACCUGAAAGUGGCUACUCAGAAAUCACUGGGCUAUCUGACGAAGAGGAGCCUGUUCCACACAGGAAGAUUCGCUUCAGUACAGCAUCAAUUAAAGUGUUCACCACCUAUUCCAAUGAAGACUAUGACCGGCGCAAUGAUGAUGUGGAUCCCAUGGCAGCAUCCGCAGAGUACGAGUUGGAAAAAAGAGUGGAAAGACUGGACCUUUUUCCCGUGGAACUUGAGAAAGAUGGUGAUGGCCUAGGUAUAAGCAUCAUCGGAAUGGGAGCUGGAGCAGAUAUGGGAUUGGAAAAACUUGGAAUAUUUGUGAAGACAGUAACUGAAGGUGGAGCUGCUCACAGGGACGGCAGAAUCCAGGUGAAUGACCUGAUUGUGGAAGUGGAUGGAAUCAGUCUGGUUGGCGUAACCCAGAGCUUUGCCGCCUCAGUCCUUAGGAACACGAAAGGAACAGUCAGGUUUCUGAUUGGACGGGAGAAACCUGGAGAAACCAGUGAAGUUGCCCAGCUUAUUCGACAGACACUGGAGCAGGAGAGAUGGCAGAGAGAGAUGAUGGAACAACAUUAUGGACAAUACGUUGAUGAAGAUGAGGAGACAGGAGAAUAUGCAACAGAUGAAGAGGAAGAAGAGAUGAGCCCCAUGUUCGCUAACAAUGACAUGGCAAUUGAAGUUUUUGAUCUAGCGGAAAAUGAAGAUAUGCUUUCGCCGGUGGAAAUGGAUCCUGAAAAGCUGGUGCACAAGUUCAAGGAGCUCCAGAUAAAACACGCUGUAACUGAAGCAGAGAUUCAGCAGCUGAAAAGAAAGCUUCAUUCAACAGAACAGGAGAAAAUGCGUUGGCGAAUGGAAAAAGUCCAGCUGGAGCAAAGUGUUGAGGAAAACAAAGAGCGGAUGGAGAAGCUGGAGAGUUAUUGGAUGGAAGCCCAAACUCUUUGUCAGGCAGUGGAUGAGCAUUUGAAAGAGACACAGGCCCAGUACCAGGCCUUGGAGAGGAAGUACAGCAAAGCAAAACGCUUGAUUAAAGAAUACCAGCAAAAGGAAAUAGAGUUUCUGAAAAAGGAAACAGCUCAAAGAAGAACAUUGGAAGAAACAGAAAAUUCACAUAAAGAAGAGAUUGAGAAGCUUCAGAAUAAGGUAACAGAACUGGAGACAAGCAUAGAGUCACUGAAGAACUCCAAUGCAAUUUAGAUGGGAAGAUAGCAUUACAUCACUUAUAUUCAAAAUAAACAUUUAUGCAGGAGCAACCGGUCUUAAAAAAUGAUAUUUUCUUGUUUGUUUUCUUCUGAAAAAUUUGUACCAGUUGCACUCAGUGCAAGAGGUUGUGCUUAAGGGAAUUUUUGCAUUAUUGUCUUACAUGUAUACAGUUUGCCAAGUCACUUUCCAAACAUAUGGCCAAAUUGAAUUUGUCCAGUGAAUAUGAAUGGGUUGCAAUGAACUGGUCUGCACUAGAUUGGACUUGGUACUCAAGCCACAGAACUAGUAAUUUCCCAUUCGGCUUAUUUAGUUUUAAUAAUAUCAAAAGGCUCGAACAAAUGAAUGUUCACUGGAGGCAUUCUCAUUGCAGAAGUAAAUUGCAAGUUUUUUGUGGGUCACAAGUCCUUGGUGACCUAUUGCUUAAGAAUACCAAGAGGUCUAGCCUGCCAUUACGUCAUGUGCAAGAAGGCACAUCUUCUAAUGACUGAGAUCAAAGGCAGUAUGUUUUUCUCUUGUUAUAUGUGUGAUUUCUUUUCACAGAUUGAUGUAAACAAUUGUUCUUUUAUCUAUUCAUUUUAUUUCAUUCUGUGAUUAAGAGCAUUAUAGCACCAUGCUACCAAUGCUGAUGUCCUUUUAUAUCUGAGUAGUGUGAAGGUACCAGUACCUGUCUUAAUAAAGAUUGUCUUUAGACGUGUAAUUUUAAAAAAAUAUAAACCAAAUUUCAUUAAUUUGUUACUGAACAGGUGAAUAUGAAGUAGAAUUAAACAAAAUGUAUAGAAACAUUGGAAAGGAAAGUUGAAUAAUGAUAACUGUAAUGGACUAAUGGAGUAGAUGGUUACGAAGUUAAUGAAACUAAAAAUGUUGCAUUUUGCAGUUUUUUCCUAUUGUAACUGCUCUGAUCUACCAGGCUUUAUUAUUCAUUCCUAUUAUUAUUCAUUGUGCCAUACUUGGUAGAUCUUCCCACUUAUUGUCAUUACAUAUGUACAGAAAAAGGUGGGUGUUUGUGUAGAUGUUUGACUGAAGCCCAUGUAUUAUGUAGUAUAAAAUUUAAGAACCAGAGUGCACUGUAAAAAGGAAAAAAAAUACAUGGUCAGAACAGUU